AUGUUUUUCUUAUAUAACUUGACGAUGAAACAAUUUUCUUAUGUGCUAAUCUAAAACGAAACCAUGUCUAACAUGAACUACACGACCCGUACUGAAGGCCAAACGAAGAUCAACACAUUGAUAUGGACCGUGCCCAACUUCAUCAAUCUACUCGAAAACAAAUCUACGAGAGAGUUUCGGACGGAGAAACCUAAAGAUGCUGCCGCGGAGACGAUCGAUUCCAGGUUUCAGUUAAAGAUGCAGUUCUUGGGCCGAGACAACGAUAUUAUCGAAAUGUAUUACUUGUCGCCGAAUCCCGUGUUCCUGAAAUCAAUACUCACAAUAUGUCUGAAACGUUUCGAGGAGCGGUCCAUAGUUAUAAAAGAGUAUCACACAGUGCAAGGAAACAAGUGGCAGUACUUGGCUACGCUGUUCAAACGCGACAUCGCGAGCUACGACGGGCGCGACACGUUCCUUCUGAGCGACGGCAGUUUGCGGCUCAAGUUCCAGUUCAUGGUCACCAACGACAUCAAAGUGGACCGCGCGAACAUUCCCGAGACCCAGCUAAGCCACGACUUUGAGAACCUCCUCACCAAUGGCUUGUUUUCUGAUGUGACAAUGAAAUCUGCCGAAGGAAACGAGUACAAAGUACACAAGGCCGUACUAGCUAGUCGUAGUGUGGUACUGAAAGCUCAUUUCGAGCACAACACUAUAGAAUGCCAGACAAAUGUAGUGGAAUCUCCACUCGAGGCUGACGUUCUCAUAGAGGUAUUGACUUUUAUUUAUAGUGACAAAGCUCCGAGAGUGGAUGAAAUUCCUGAGAGACUAUUGGCCGCUGCGGAUUACUACCAAUUGAGUAGACUUAAAAGCUUGUGCGAGGAAGCCUUGCACAAAAGACUGACAGUGGAGAACGCUAUAGAGACUCUGCAACUAGCCGACUUACACUCAGCCAAGAUUCUCAAACAAUUGACACUGGAAUUCAUCAAAGAUGGCCAAGCCAGACUGAUCACUAAAACGGAGGGGUGGGCUAAAGUCAAGUCUGUGGAGCUGAUCAAAACAAUCUAUGAGUACAUCAUGGCUGAUGACCUGGAAGCAGACAUCAAAUAGCAUAUUAUUUACUCCCUACAGCCAGAGCUGA